GCCCCCGGGCCGAGUGGGCGGGCACGACUGCGCCCAGGUCGCGAGGCGCCCUUCGACCAGCAGCGCCCGGGGCGGGCGGGUAUAAAUGGAGCGGUGGCUCCCUCGGCCGCCUCUCUCCGCCCCGGGUCGCUGCCGCCUCCUCCGCUUUCGGGCUUCGCAGCCUGAGGAAAAAAAGAGAAAAAGAUAAAAAAAAAUCCGAAAACGCUUCAAAAUCCUGAAAAAAAAAAAAAGGAAAAGAAAAAGCGAAUCCUCCUCGGAGAACCCGCGGGGAAGUCACUUUCGCACGCUUCCGGCCUGCCCCGCGCCCGCCGCCGCCGCGCUUGGCGUCCGUCGGUCUCCGUCCGUCGGCCUGGGGGUGAGCCGCCCGGCCCGCCGUGCCCUCCCCCCGCGCCCCGCGCCUGCCCCGGCGCACCACGUGUCCGCGCUGCCCUUCGCCGCCCGCCCGGGGCUCGCCGAGUCGGCGCCCACAAAGAUUUGGUUUCCCUCUGCCCCGGCGGUUGUAAUCUUAAACCGCCGGAGCCCGAGGCCUAUAUUUAUAGAGAAACGCGUGUCCCCGAGGCCGCCGUGGGCAGCGUCCGGUCGCCUCUUAAAGGAUUUUUAACCCUUCGGAAGGGGAUUCCCCGUUUAAUUAUUUCCUACUUUGAUUUUUUGAAAUUUGGAGCUUCGCACCAGGACCGCGGAGAAGUGCAAAGUCGCGGGGAGGGCCGUAUUGUGCGGAGAGCCUUUUGUCUGCGGUGCUGCGGCCGUGGGAGCCGGCCCCCGCCUCCCGUUUCCGUCCCGUCUCCGAGCCCGCCGACUCCCGCUCGUCCUCGCCGCGCCGGUGCCACCUGUGAGCCGCGGCGCGGGCCCGGGCUCCGAGGGCGCCCCUUUUGUCCUGCGGCGGGCCCGAUAAGAAGUCCUCCUGGCGGGGCUCGGGGUGGUGGGGGGCGGGGAGAUGAACGCUGCGGCCAGCAGCUACCCCAUGGCCUCCCUGUACGUGGGCGAUCUGCAUUCGGACGUCACCGAGGCCAUGCUGUACGAAAAGUUCAGCCCCGCGGGGCCUGUGCUGUCCAUCCGGGUCUGCCGCGAUAUGAUCACCCGCCGCUCCCUGGGCUAUGCCUACGUCAACUUCCAGCAGCCGGCCGACGCUGAGCGGGCUUUGGACACCAUGAACUUUGAUGUGAUUAAGGGAAAGCCAAUCCGCAUCAUGUGGUCUCAGAGGGAUCCCUCUUUGAGAAAAUCUGGUGUGGGAAACGUCUUCAUCAAGAACCUGGACAAAUCUAUAGAUAACAAGGCACUUUAUGAUACUUUUUCUGCUUUUGGAAACAUACUAUCCUGCAAGGUGGUGUGUGAUGAGAACGGCUCUAAGGGUUAUGCCUUUGUCCACUUCGAGACCCAAGAGGCUGCCGACAAGGCCAUCGAGAAGAUGAAUGGCAUGCUCCUCAAUGACCGCAAAGUAUUUGUGGGCAGAUUCAAGUCUCGCAAAGAGCGGGAAGCUGAGCUUGGAGCCAAAGCCAAGGAAUUCACCAAUGUUUAUAUCAAAAACUUUGGGGAAGAGGUGGAUGAUGAGAGUCUGAAAGAGCUAUUCAGUCAGUUUGGUAAGACCCUAAGUGUCAAGGUGAUGAGAGAUCCCAGUGGGAAAUCCAAAGGCUUUGGCUUUGUGAGUUACGAAAAACACGAGGAUGCCAAUAAGGCUGUGGAAGAGAUGAAUGGAAAAGAAAUAAGUGGUAAAAUCAUAUUUGUAGGCCGUGCACAAAAGAAAGUAGAACGGCAGGCAGAGUUAAAACGGAAAUUUGAACAGUUGAAACAGGAGAGAAUUAGUCGAUAUCAGGGGGUGAAUCUCUACAUUAAGAACUUGGAUGACACUAUUGAUGAUGAGAAAUUAAGGAAAGAAUUUUCUCCUUUUGGAUCAAUUACCAGUGCUAAGGUAAUGCUGGAGGAUGGAAGAAGCAAAGGGUUUGGCUUCGUCUGCUUCUCAUCUCCUGAAGAAGCAACCAAAGCAGUCACUGAGAUGAAUGGACGCAUUGUGGGCUCCAAGCCACUAUAUGUUGCCCUGGCCCAGAGGAAGGAAGAGAGAAAGGCUCACCUGACCAACCAGUAUAUGCAACGAGUGGCUGGAAUGAGAGCACUUCCUGCCAAUGCCAUCUUAAAUCAGUUCCAGCCUGCAGCGGGUGGCUACUUUGUGCCAGCAGUCCCACAGGCUCAGGGAAGGCCUCCAUAUUAUACACCUAACCAGUUAGCACAGAUGAGGCCUAAUCCACGCUGGCAGCAAGGCUUCCAAGGAAUGCCAAGUGCUAUACGCCAGUCUGGGCCUCGUCCAACUCUUCGCCAUCUGGCUCCAACUGGUAAUGCUCCGGCCUCUCGUGGCCUCCCUACUACCACUCAGAGAGUCGGGUCUGAGUGCCCGGACCGCUUGGCUAUGGACUUUGGUGGGGCUGGUGCCGCCCAGCAAGGGCUGACUGACAGCUGCCAGUCUGGAGGCGUUCCCACAGCUGUGCAGAACUUAGCGCCGCGCGCUGCUGUUGCCGCUGCUGCUCCCCGGGCUGUUGCCCCCUACAAAUACGCCUCCAGUGUCCGCAGCCCUCAUCCUGCCAUACAGCCUCUGCAGGCAUCCCAGCCUGCGGUCCAUGUGCAGGGGCAGGAGCCACUGACUGCCUCCAUGCUGGCUGCAGCACCCCCCCAGGAACAGAAGCAGAUGCUGGGAGAACGCUUGUUCCCACUCAUCCAAACAAUGCAUUCAAACCUGGCUGGGAAGAUCACGGGAAUGUUGCUGGAGAUAGACAACUCUGAGCUGCUGCACAUGUUAGAGUCCCCCGAGUCUCUCCGCUCCAAGGUGGAUGAAGCUGUAGCAGUUCUACAGGCUCAUCAUGCCAAGAAAGAAGCUGCCCAGAAGGUGGGCGCUGUUGCUGCUGCUACCUCUUAGACAAGGAAAAACCGUAUGUGUGGCUAUUUUCAUUUUUGUUCCUAUGAGCAUUGUUCCUAUGAGCAUUGUCUUCGUGGUGUGACCUGAGGUUGUAUAUAUGCUCACUGCUUAGCUCUGGGAAUACAAUAAGUACAGUUAGUUACAUGGAGUGUGUUGCAGGUGACUUCUUAUCAUGAGGACUGUGGACUUUGUCUGCAGGAGCUUGAGUGAAUGAUAAAACUAGUACUGGUUGAUGGUGGUAGGUGUCUCCAGAUAGGGAAAGGAGACAGUAAAAUAAGCUAAGGAAAAAGCAUGUGGUAAGGACCAGAGCUGGUGUGUUGGGAGGGUUGACUUGGCGUAGUCAUGACCCUCUUGUCAAGGGCCUCAGGAGCCUUGUCAUCUAGUGGUAAAGACCAGAGAUGCUGCUAAACGUCGUACAGUACACAAGAGGACAGACCCAACAGAAUGCCCAAAGUGUCAAUAGUGCUGAGGUUGAGAAACCUCUUCUAGAAUACCUUCCUUUAUCCACUAGAUGUUAAUGAAUCUAAAUUAUUUGAUUAUGCAUUUAUUUGUGUUGGUGCUUUUCUUUACAGGAUUCAAAAGCCAAAUAACCCCUUAUGGAAUUCAACUCAAGGUUUGAAGACUUCCUAGCUUGUCCUAUGGACCUCAACACCAAGGAUUACAAAUUGCAAAUUUAAUAGGUCAUUUUGUAUCAAAAGGUCAAUUAUGAAGCACCUAGAAUUUUUCAAUUAUACGAAUAUGUUCUUUGGGUUCUGCUGUGGCCCAGUGUUAACUUUUUUUUUUUUAUUGUGGGUUUUGAUUUUUUCCCCCAGAAAUUGGUUUUAUUUGAUGUACCCAAGUCUUACGUUUCCCAAUAAAGAAAAAAAAUCUCCAUAAAA